CUCUUUUCGACUGCUACUGUCAGAAACAGAGGACAGCGGCAUCAAGUGCUGUCUGGGUAGUAGACAGCACCAUCUCACUCGAAGCUACACCUCUGUGCUGCCUACCUCGUAGAUAAUAUACUCGUCGAUCGAUGGAAACGCGGUGAAUCAGCCCAAAACACGUCACCUCUCAGGUCGCCCUGCCAACCCGCCUCGAACCGGACUCGAUAAAGACCGGACUCUCAAAUCUCAGAGUUGGGGACUCUCUAUGAGCACGGGUCACCCUUUCCUGCAACGUAUAUCGCUCGAAACCGAGCUCUCGCCGCUCGGACGCUCUGAAAGCUCUGAAAUCGCGCGUCUAGACCGCUUUCGUCUUGGACAACUUCCUCACUACCAGGAAAUCGAGCCACCUGUCCGGGACAUUUCUAGUGAAUCACUCUGGCCGCUGUCAUAAGCUCUUCGUAAGAUGCCCAGCAACAAUCACCACCAUCACAAUUCCUCCAACGUCGGGUCCGCCGGAACGGGUUCCACCCCAGCCCAUCGAUCUGCCGGAUCGGGCGAAGGCUCCGGUGGUCCAGGUAGCGGGGGCGGAGGUGGAGGAGGAGGUGGUGGCUCUACCGCCGCUUCCAAACGUAGGGAAGCGAACAGGCUCGCCGCAGCUCGGUUCAGGACGAGGAAGAAGGACCAGGUGGUCGAUCUCGAAGGACGGGUGGCGGGGCUCGAACAGGAAAACUCGGUCUUGAAGGGAGAAGUGAGGAGUCUCCGGACCAAGUUGGGUAUCGAGACCGAGGCGCCUGUUGUUGGUCCGAUCGGGGGACAAGGCAGUGGUGGGACGGUGAUCAGCGUGAGCAUGCAAGAGAGGGUAGGCACGCCGUUGUUGGGCGGAGGACACGCGGAUAGUCCGGGGAUGGGCAGUCAUCGGAGCCUAAACUCGAUGGGUCCAGGGGACGACGAUGAGGACGACGAUAUGGAUACGGGAAGUUCAAAGAAGAGACGAAAGGUCGGAGGUCGUGGUGCGGGCGGGGGUGGGGAUGGUGCCAGUGAGGAAGAGAUGUCGCAGUUGAAGGAGCAGCUGCGAGGUUAUCAGGCCACGAUGAGGGUCAUGCAAGAAGAGAUCGCCAUGCUCAAGGGUAAAAAGACGUCGUCUGUCGGAAGGACGCCUUCGUUUACGCUCGACCCAUCGCUGGCAGACGUCAAGCCGGGAUCUUAUACCCAAAAUCAUCGAUCAUCCGGCCGAUCUGGUAGCGGCGGGUCUUCCCGAUAUUAUCACAACCACUCGGAUUCGGCCACCUCGAACGAUCUCGCCGAUGAUGCUAUGGCCGCUCAGGGCCUCGCUUCGCUCCACUUGCCUCUCCCCCGUCCCGGGUAUGAGAGAGGUGAGACUGGCACCUCGUCACAUCUGAGCUUGCCACCUCUUUCGCCCGUACUGCGGAUCGACUCGGCUUCUCCCGGUCGAGAGUACGAAGGCGAAAGCGCUCGAGGUGGAGGAUAUACCACGGGGUCUCACGGCGGUGGGACGUCAGUCAUGAUGGGUCGAUCGAUUCACGGACUACCAUCCUCGCGGCCUCACUCUCCAUUGAGCUUGUCGCCAGGUCUCCCUCAACCUGGUCGACCCACGAGUCCGAUGUCUAUCGAGAGGCUGUCAUCACCCUCGCCCCUCGGAGCCGGGUACAAGGAUUCUUCGUCUGCUGCGAGGACGCUGAAUGCGCUUCAGAACGCCGCCUUUGCCGUAGGGAUGCAGUUGAGCGGAUCGGGACCGUCAUCCCCGCUCGGGGCUGCUUCUGGACGGGAAUCGCCUCUGGCCAGGAAUCGAUCUUGGGGCCUGGGCGGAGCCACGCCUAGCGGACUCGGCCUGGCUUCCCUACCUCAUUCGAGAGCCGGAAGUCGGGGACUCGAUUCGCCCAUCAGCGCCGAACGGAGCGGGGCCAACGACGAUGACGAUUCACCCGAUAGCGGUGGGUACGCGCAGGAUUACUUUGGAAGGUACGCUGGUGGAGCCAAUGCCGGGACGGGUCAAGGCGGCAGUCGGUUGAGGGAAGAGCGGGAUUUCGAAAAGAACGAAGAUGGGGACGGGGAUGGAGAGGAUGACGUGACCCCUCCGGCCAAGGGGUCGGCCGGAUCGAAAAAGGUCGUCGAGGUCGAUCCCAGUCUUCUCGAUCCUGAUAUCGUCGAUGAUGACCGCGAAGAGGGCGACACAAUGGUCAAGGACGAAGUAGGGAUGCAGGUGGACAAUCGAUAAUCAGAGGCCUAAUCCUCUCUUUCGGCGAUGCCGCCCUUGGCGGCGCACCUAUCUCUUCGAUCUCGUUGAUCGCUUUUUCGCUUUCCCUCUCCUGCUACUCCUCCUAUCCGUGCUUUGCGCAUCGUCCUUGUGUCUGCUCGAUUUUGUCUCUGAUUGUAUGGUUAAACACGCUAGGUCGUUGUCCAUGUCUGCUCCUUUUGCCGUCAUUUAUUAUCGAUUGUCACAUGUACGGACAUCUGAUCUGAUGAAACGCCGACCCGAUCCGAUGCCCGAAU